AUGGAGGGAGGUGGCCAUGGAGUGGUAGGAGGGAGCGGGGUGGCCGGGGUUGGCCGCGGAUCUCUGAAUCUGGCCCCGGGAGGAUUAGGCCAUGGUUCUGAGGCGGCUCGAGGAGGGGGUGCCCCGGGAGGAGGAGGCCAUGGUUCUACCCUAGGCGGUUCUUCUUCGGGAGGAGGAGGCCAUGUAUCAUCGCCAGGAGGAGGCCAAGCCUCGGUGGGAGGAGCCGAAGCCACAGCGGGAGGAGUCCAAGCCGCACCCGGAGGAGCCCAAGCCACGUCUGGAGGAGUUCCCCUGGAGCACAGCGUGCCGGGAGUUCCAACUGCUUUGAGAACCAGAGAUGGCAGUGAGUUUACAUUUCUUAGGUUGCAUGCAUGCAUGAGUGAUUGA